AUGCAGUCUAAACCUCUAGCGACCAUCGUUGCACCGUCGUUGCUCUCUUGUGACUUUGGCAACCUCGGAGCUGAGGCGAAACGCGUGCUCGACGCCGGGGCCGACUGGUUGCACGUGGACGUCAUGGACGGGCACUUUGUCGACAACUUGACACUCGGGCCUGUUGUCUUCCAGGGUCUCCGACGAGCCGUCGGCCAACAAGUGUUUCUGGACUGCCACUUUAUGACCACCGCGCCGGUGUUCUGGAUCGAGCAGUUCGCCCGCGUCAACGGCGAUAACCAGGGCCCAGCUCCAAACCUGGGCUGCACCUUCCACUACGAGGUGUUUGGAGAAGACGGUCUGCGCAUGGCGCUGGCACUCUGCGAGCGUGUUCGAGCGUUACGGGCGCGACCAGCCGUGGCCCUUCGCCCGAGUACCCCAGUUGAGGCUGUGCUUCCGCUGGUAGACGCAGCCGCAGUUGAUAUGGUUCUGAUUAUGACCGUUGAGCCUGGACACGGUGGGCAAAGCUUCAUGCCUGAAUGUCUACCCAAGGUGCGGUUUCUUCGCGAACGAUAUCCGCUCCUUGAUAUUCAAGCGGAUGGUGGCAUCGGCCUGACAACCGCAGACGCAGCUGCUCAGGCAGGAUGCAAUGUUCUGGUGUCUGGCUCUGCUGUAUUCGGUGCAGGGCCGGAUGCUGGGCGUGUGAUUGCUGGGCUACGGGAGGCACUUCAUAGGGCGCAUGACCAUUCUGUCUGA